CACGCGCGCACACGUGCGCAUACGCACACUCGCAGCUGAGCAUCAUUGAGAGGCAGCGGCAGCGAAAACGGUUCGGACGGGGAGGGCGACGAGGCUUUGACUUCGGAUUGCUUAGUCACAUUUUUACCGUGACCGGAGAGGAAGGAUGGCGCGGGUGGACGGGAAACACUGAGCGGCUCGGCCGGAGAAGACGCUGGGGAAGAAAGCAGGAGGGGGGUUACCGUAAAAAAAACUGGAUUAGAUGAUGCUCAUUUGCUGCAGGCCCCGCCAUCGUGAAAUUGGUUACCGACUUGCGGCGGAUGGGGUGACCGAGCUCGCUGCUCCGCCGGGGAGGUCCCAGCCUUCGGACGUUACCCGGGUGGGAGCUGCCUGUGCCCGGUUCUAAGGAAGGAAGGAGUGGCAAGAGGGGAAAAUGCAGACGGAGGAGGAGACGGCCACCGCAGAAGAGCCCAUUUUGGAGGAAGGGUCAGGACGAGAGCAGCGGCCGGUCCAGCAGUCUCUGGCGUCAUCCCUGUGUCGGGAGUCCCAUUGGAAGUGCCUCCUCCUGACCCUCCUCAUGUACGGCUGCUUCGCCACGCUCGCCUGGUGCGCUCUCUGUCGCGUGCCCGUUCUCGGCUCCUCCUCCUCCGUGCCUCUCGGUGCCGACGACGACGCCACCUCCGCCGCCUACUACAACGACAUCCUGCACCUGGAGAGCCCGUGCUCCAGCGGCUACGUCUACAUCCCCCUGGCCUUCCUGGCAAUGCUGUACGUGGUUUACCUGGUGGAGUGUUGGCACUGCUUCUCCAAGACGGCGAUGUUGGCUCAUGCUGAAUUCCAGGAAGUGUACGAGCGUGUGCAGAGACUUCAGCAGGCCACACCCUGCAUUUGGUGGAAGGCUAUCAGCUAUCACUACGUGAGGAGGACCAGACAGGUGACGAGAUACCGCAACGGAGAUGCAUAUACGACCACACAGGUCUACCAUGAGCGGGUGAACACACACGCCUCCAGUUCAGAGUUCGACUACGCCCGCUAUGGUGUCAAAGACGUAUCAAAGGAGCUGCUGGACCUGCAGCGGCACCCUGCUGUUCGCCUCCGCUUCACCAAGUGUUUCAGCUUCUCAAGUGCACGUGCAGAAGCUGCCUACCUCACCCAGCGAGCGCGCUUCUUCGGGGAGAACGAGGGGCUUGACGACUACAUGGAGGCCAGGGAGGGCAUGCACCUGAAGAACGUGGACUUCCGCGAACACAUCCUGGCGUUCCCAGAUCCCGCUCACCAGCCCUGGUUUUCUCGGCACAGGGUGUUCUGGCUGGCUUCUGCUUUCCUCCUGUCGUGGCCGCUGCGGGUCGUGUCAGAAUACCGCAUAGCGUAUGUACACUACCAUGUGGAGAAGCUGUUCGGGGAGGACGAGGAUGGUGGAGGAGGGCUAGGUCGAGGGGGAAGGGAGGAUGGGGUUGGGACUGAGAAUGGAAUCCACCCUGGGAUUGGUCUAAAUGGGACGAGUUACAGAGCCAUCUCUCGGGUCAACACGGUGGACAUGACAGAAUUGGAGUGGCACAUUCGCUGUAACCAACAGAUGGUCCCGAGCUACUCUGAAGCCCUCCUUAUGGACUUGGACAUGAAUGGGGGGACAAACCCCACCGCCUCGACGCCCAUCUCUGGGCCAGCAAGCUCUACCCCCAGCCAGGGGACCAACCCACUUCCUCUUGCUCUGCCUGUUGUGUUCAACUCGGCUUACCUCCUCCAGAGCUGCCCCCGAUGCCGGAGGACCACGUCGAGUUCCAGUCUUCCCUCCAGGCUAAGGGCCCCCAUGGGAACCACAGCCCUCCUGAACGCUACCGUGGCAGGCAUCAGGGCAGCAGGGCAGGGAGGCGGGGCUAUCGGGGGCAGGUUGGUGCUCAGUCGGAGUGGAUUCUCUCUCGGGAGACUUGGAGGAGGGCGCCAGAACAACCUGUUUCAUUCAAGAAGCAUGGGAGGGGGGCUGGGAGGAAGUAGGGAAGAUGGAGGAGGGGGAGGUAGUGGAGGAGGAGGUGGAGGAUUUCUUGGUUUAGGUUCAAGACAGGACAACGAGGAGACAAGAGGAGUGCUUGAGGGAGAAGGGGAUGACGACGAGGAAGAGGAGCAGCAGCAGGAGGAGGAGGUGAGGAGAAGGGAACAGGUAAGAGGGAGCAGAGAGGGGGAUGAAGAAACAGACCAAGACAGUGGAGGGGGUGGCGAGGUGAGAGAGGGCGACGGGGGAGGGAGGGAGCGUCCUCCAUCCUACCAGGACGCGUUCUUCUUUCCCGUCCUCAUCAUACACGGAGAGGAGAGCUGCCACGCCGGAGAUGACAUGUGACGAGCCGCAAAGCAAACAUGAAGAGCACGAAGGUCUGGGCAGAGGAUUGAGGGAGAUGAAAGAAGACAAAGAAAAGGAUGGAUCACAGAGGAAGCGGAUGAGAGAAAAUGAGAUACGAUGGAAAUGAGUGAUGAAUGAGAUGAGAACAGAAUGAGGUUGAAAGAAAAGCGUUUGUUGACGGCAUACCAACCACAGAAAGAUGAACGCAUAAAAAAAAAGAAAGCAUAGGAGGUAAGAACAGCUGUGUGACGGACAGGAUUACUAAGGAAAGUUUAGUGGUGGUGAUGGAUGGACGUAUGGUAGUCCAAAGGGAAAAGAGGGCAGGAGUGCAUAAUGUAAAAAAACACAUUGAUAAUACGGGUCUGAGAAUGUGAGCGAAGUCAAGAAAAUCCUUGUAAUUGUAGACUUUGGUACACAGAGACUGAGAGAGAGAGGGCGCCGAUCGGAUGCUUUGGAGGAACGGAAAGACUGAAAACACGGGAAUGUCUAUUUCCAGAUAUAUCUAUGCAAGAGCAGGAGUGGGAGGAGUAACAAGUCUAAAGAUAGCAGAUUGGAGAGCAGUGGAGAUGUUCCAAACCAGCUGAGUGGUAGUGGGUAUUUUUUUUCAAAAGAAACAGAGGUGGAGGAAUGGCAAAAAAAGAUUGUAUUUUGAAUGCUCGAAGCUUUGGUUUUGAUAAAAAUCCAAAUACAUAGAGGAAGACAAAUCAUACGGAUUAUUAAAUAGAUGAAAGGAGAAUUCCUAGAUUGGAUUUCAAGAAACCGAUCAGAUCACAAAGGAUUACAAAAUGCAAUGUAGAAAAGUAAAGCGAGAGAAACAAAGACAUGCUUUUGGCAAGGUAAAGACAAAUAAAAGGAGGAAAAUCCCCAAAUAUUGGAGCACAGAAACAACAGACAAAGAGAAGAAGUAGAAUACAAAACUGCCCAUGACGGACCAGAUUACACUAAAUCUUGUCUUCCAUCUGACGGAGAAUUCAUGCCGAAAACAAAACCGAGAUCAACUCAAGAGGAGCAGCAAUAAAAAAGACAACCCCCCCCCUCCCUCAGCAAUCCUGACCUUAUAUCUCAUCAGGGAAUCAAAAAAACAUUCCAAUAGUUUCCCAACGUAACUUUUUUUUCAGACGGGUCCCAAUGAGGUGUUUCUCAGGGCUUUGAAGAGUUCCGAUACAACUGCUCACAGCGUUCGGCCGGCAACCAUAACCGUAAAACAGAAAAAGCAUAUUCAUUGAUUUCCUUCCUCCUCUUCAUGCUGCCUUCCUCCUCACUUCACCAUUAGCUUCCGCACCACUCUCUGUCCAUUACUGAUAUGGAGUUGACAGAAAAAACCCCGUAAGAUGAAGGGCUUCCUCUCCUUCUCAGGCUCCUCUUUUCCCGAUGCUCCCGUCUGCUCUCCUCCCUCCAUUUUGUCACCUCCUCUGUUCUUCUCCUCCCUCUCUCACUUGUCUCUGCACUGAAAACCACAAGACACAGAGGUGUAACUCUGCUUUUUUAAAAGCACUACUAUUUAGACGCAACAUCUUUUUUUUUUUUUUUUUUUGCAAUUAGCACAUUUUGUGUUAUGAGUUAGAGGGCGUUGUACCGAAAUAGAUUCACCGCAUCCGUCAUUAACUUCUUCCUCCUCCAUUCUCUCUGCCAUCUUCUCUCAUCCGCUCCUCCCUCUCCUCCUUUUAAAGUGGUGGUUAUGUGAUACACCUCUCUCUCUGCUCCUCGGACCAGUUUUCAUCUCCGCUCACUCCACAUAGCUCAUCUCCUCUAGACGUGAGGUUUCUCCUCCAGGAUCACAUUUUAUACGUCUGAUAUUUCCCACGUUACUUCUAUGACCUCUCGCUGUGUUUGUGUACUGUAUUUAUUUACCCGAUGCACAUAGGAGCAAAAGAUGGAGACAGGAUUGGCCUUGUAAAGAUUUGGAAAGGUUGCCAACACAAAGUGAGAGUCAAAUGUUUAGCUGAUUUCCUCCAGUUAUGCCUGUGUAGUUGCGCUCUAGUUUUAAACAUUUGUACCCAAAGAUAGGCUUGCACAAUACGAAGAAAAAAAAACAGAAUAACCAGUAAACCUCCUCCCUCCAAUAUCAAUAUACUAUAUAUCAUAAUACUGUAUGUGUUUAGGCAUGAAAAACCACCUCGUUAUUUCAUUUAUGUCCAUAAUAUGGGACUGCAUGGGAAGGCAAGCUAGGCUCUGGCAUCCUCCUAAUAAAGAAAAGCAAGACACAAGAAGAAAUCAGACUUUAGAUUGCUUUGUGCGGAUGAUCCCAACGAUCGGCCCUGUGGUAGAAUACGUCUGGCCGUGAUUGUGCCAUGCUGCUGCCUCCUCCUCUUGAAGAAAUAAGUACCGGUGCUCUCUGAAACAUCACCUCGCCAUUUUAAAUGCGUAAAAGUUAGCCGGCGUAGAGAAGCAUGUAACUUUAAUAACAGCUGUUGUGCAGGAGCUGUGUAGCAAAUAUGCAGUGCCAAAAAAAAAGAAGCGGUGAUCCACGAUCAAUUGACACAGAUUUAGAUAAUUUCGACACAUGUAGACAAGAGUCCACAGGGAAUACCUCUGCAGGAUCAGUCCAGGGAGAGACAAUUUGCUUAGACAUCGGUGCAUAUAUUUUACAAAGCACACUUAACCUGCUACAGUAGCACGAAGCAGUUACAGUAGUUAGCGGAUCUUUUCCUAACCUUUCCUGCACAGCGCCCUCCACUUCAGCCACAUGUUGGAAUGUUGGAAGGGGUCUCUUCCCCCUCGUGUCUGCUUCACCUCGGACACGAUACUGAAAAGCACACUUACUGAAUGAGGUCGGGGUAGAAAUCGCCUAUGUGAGGAGAUUCCUGGAAAAAUAGAGCAAUAGAAAUGAUGAGGAGAUCCACAUGUUGAUGAAACGUACACACACAGAUAUGGAUAACGUGACGGGCAACAUCCGACCCGGAUUCAGCAGAGACGGCAGGAUAAAGUAGAGCAUGAGUGCUGACCUGGUUUGGUGGACGGGACACUCACACACACACACACUCACACACACCGAUUCUGGAUCACGGAUCUUCGCUAUCUUUGGGGGACAAGCUGAAGUGGGCACGAGCUAACGAAUGGACGGAAUAAUUAAUGGUAGAACAGCUGACGGAGAAGAUGAACAGCAACAAGGACAAGUGUUUCUAUGCGACUGGAGAAGUGGAACAUGACUUGCUUAAAACAGCCGACGAAAAGGAAGAAAAUGUGAGAUUUAAAUGACAAUUAUUUUUACAGCUAUUUAAUCGUUAUCUCGGACUUGUGGAUCAAAUCGUCUACAUUAAUGUCCCUUCACAAAAAGAAGCACUAAAACGCACUGACAACACUUCUGGGUUCAUUUGAUUGUGUUGCUUUCACACAUUGUCAACCACCGUUUGUUCUCUGUAUGUUUUGGUCUGCCACUUUGAAUUUGAAAUCACAUGUAGUGAGCUCCAAUUUCAAAUCUGAUUGCUUUUACAUUUCUGUCCAAAUAGAAAUAGAAAUUCAGUCUGUUAUUUGCUACUUUUAUAUCAUCUGCAUACUUGACUUUGUAAGCUUCAGAGAUUUCUCACGUCGUAGCUCUUUAUUUUUAUUUUAGUUUUUUUUCAUUUUUGUAAAACAAUGCUCUUGGCUUCCCAAUGAGCUUUGAUCAGCGAGCCUCCGGUUCUGAGUUGCGUAGGGCGCUUGGACCCAAUUUUACUCGCUUGCAAGUCUGGUGUAUGUAUUUAUUUCGACACAGACGAGCGUGUUUCACUCAUAUGUGAUGUCACUGGAUAAUUAUAACUGUGUUUUAUUAUCUCAGUGUGUCAAAAGUGUGUCCUCAGCCGCUUCAGCUGUGCCAAGAGAACUUUUGUGCCCAUGAUGUCUUACACAAACACACACACACUCAUGCGCGCUUGCAUGCUUAUUCACAGCAGUAAAGCAGCCAUUAUAACAGCUUAUUUUAGACUAGACAUAUACUCAUAGUAGCCCCUAACAUCCAGAGUCUUAACACAAACAUGCACACACACACACACACGCACUGUAAGCAUGGAGCUGUCCUGCUAUGUUGCCUUUGUGUCCGACGCUGCCAACUUUUCUGCUCAGGAUUUCAGUUUAUGCUGCAUUCCUGUGUCAACACAAGCUGUCUCACACACACAACAUCCAUCAUGCCAAAGCAAAAUAAUAAUAAAGCCUGAGCGUACACACAUGCACGUAGACAGUAGCAGCUGGGACAGGUUAGUCCACACAUUUACACAAGGUGACAAAAGGGGGUGGGUUUACUGAGGAGCAAAAACACAAGGUCGGCAGAAUGCACAGGUGCAGCUCGCGUAAAUCCACCCAGAAUGUGUCUUCUACGUUGUGGCGUGGCUAAACCUUGCAGGCUGGUGUUUUUGUCCACUCGGUUGCGACAAAGCCUUACGGAUCGUGACAGCGCAGAGCUGUGUGUGGUGCUGGAUUUAGAGGGCAAACUUAACAGUGAAUCAAACAGGGGUAGAAAGCAGCUGCAGUCCUCCUCUCUGUGGGGUUUAGCACGUUCCACAUCUGCACUGGUCACUGAUGGUUUAACGUCAUCUGUUCUUUGGCAGCCGAUAACAAAAAGCGCCCUCCUAUGACAUCACUGAUGGAGGUAACAAACCCAAAAGUGUAAACCCCCCCCCCCCCCCCAGAGAGCAGUGCAGGUCUAUGUGAUUGUGCAUUUAUCGUCACUGAUCAAUAUUGUCUUUUCUUUGUCAAUGUGACUGAAUGUUUCUGCAAAGCAAUGUUGCCGAUGUCCCUGCUUUGUGACUGGACUUUGUAGAUGUUCGCUAAGCAGCUUUCUGAACUUUAUAACCACGAGCACCGGGAGCUUCAGGCGUUAAAAUGACAGCACUGUUAGAGAAAAGGCGAUUUGCAUUUUGUGACUGAGCUUCCAUUUUCCCUGCAGAACUCAUUACCUGGCUGCGUUGCCCUAUAUGACACGGACCACAGCGGACGGUGUUUGGUUCGCGAUCAAUAUUCGCUAUUAUGAAAAAGGAGCCCACAUGCAGCUUUCUUUGAUUUCAGUGGGCACAUAUAGUUCUGCUCUCGUUUCCCACCUUUUCAUCAACAUCAUCACCUGACUAUCUUAUAAUAAUGCUUAUAGCAAUUACGACCGAUGUAUUGUUGUCAAUACUGUUACUGUUUCUCUUGUGGUCAUGGGAUGAGUCGAGCAGUCGUACCGAGUUUGUCACCACUGUACAAAUAACAUGUUUAGUGUUGGUUUGACGUGAAAUCACAUGAAUUCCAGUGGCAUUUUCCAGUUUUGAUUUUCAGAAGCACUUGACUGAAUCUAAUGUGGAUACUACGAACUAUCAGGUAACAAAUAGAUCCAUGGACUGUGUGUAACUCACAGUUAUUGUAAUUGACCAAAUGCAGAAUUCAGGUUGUUCUUUUGACUUCUGACCUCAGACACUUUAAUGUGAAUAUUUGUGUGCAUUGACGAGUCUUCCUCAGAACUGAAAACAGCAGCCGGGAUCACAGUCCGGUAUCAGCCGCGGGCACGUUAAGUGCUGCGCUUUUAUACAUAAUGAAACGUAGCAGUUUUCCAUUGUGCAACACUUGUGUUGUAGCUAUACUGAGCCUCGUAUCUGUGUGAUACAUGCAUCGCCGCCCUUUUGUUUCUGCACUGGAAUCACAAGCAGCUGUGUGCUGUCACAUAAUCCUUGAUAUAUGACUGUAUGUGUCAGUAGGAACUCUUCUGAGUCUAAGGCAAUACAUUAAUAACAGUAUAAUUAGCCUUCUGAUAUGCAGUGUCUGGGUCAGCACUAAUUCUAUGAUCGGGGUCAAGUUAUUUUCUUUGCUUUAAUUUGUGCCGUGUCACCUGACUGUUGAGUAUCUCCAUUGGACAGCAAAACCAUCAAAAGCGGCAUAGAUGGUAAAAACCGUGAGCCCUAUAGGUCGCUCAGUUCCGGUGAUGAUCACGUCACGCGACAUUUCCCGGAUGCUCAUUCUCUUUCCCGCUAAAUAUCUAAAUGCUGCUGGAUUACCUGUGAGCUGUCAAAACAAACGAGCUGUCACCACAAUUGUAGUUAUGUACAUGCAGCCUCUUGUGGAGUUCCAAACAAUAAUGUCACAUACAACGCGUUAUUGUCUUUACGCACAGUCGCGUGGAAAGCCAGGAAUGGGCUUUUCCGUUCAAGCACCGUCGAGCAAAAAAUGUCUAAGCUAAUUAAUAUGUAACUGAUAACGAGAUUGUCAAUAUCACACCGGAUUAUAGCUGUUGUCACUGGCCUAUUUAAGAGAGUGUAAUUAUUUCAUUUUGAGCGGAUGAUGACAGUGAAGGUAAUGGAGCUGGUGGCAAUAACACUGUUAACUGAUGCGGUCCUGGCGAUGAUGAUGAUGGCAAUUAAUUAACAUGGAAGAUACAAAUAAAGUCAAUCUGCUUGGUAUACCAGG